AUGGUCGACAAGCUCAAGCCCAACGACCCAAGGGUCCAGCACCUGACCGCCAACGUCCGGGGCAAGACCUACAAGUACAUCCUCGCCAGGCCAGAGGGCGCCCCACGCGCGACGGCCCUGCUCAUCCACGGCUGGCCAGACCUGGGCUUCGGCUGGCGGUACCAGGUGCCGUUCCUGACCUCGCUGGGCCUGCAGGUCAUCGUGCCGGACAUGCUGGGCUACGGCGGCACGGACGCGCCGCAGGACCUGGCCCUGUACAGCCUCAAGAACAUCGCCGACGACAUGGCCGAGCUGGUGGCGCAGGCCACGGGCGACCGCAGCACGCGCAUCAUCCUGGGCGGCCACGACUGGGGCGGCAUGGCGGCGUGGCGCCUCGCCGACUGGCACCCGUCGCUGGUCCGCGGCGUCUUCAGCGUGUGCACGCCCUACGUCGCCCCCCGGCCGCAGCACGUCGACCUCGACACCCUCGUGAGGCUGCGGCCCAGCUUCCGGUACCAGGUGCAGCUGGCGGGGCCCGACGUCGAGCGGGAGGUCGGGUCCGACCGCGGCAGGAUCCGGGGCCUGCUGGCGGGCAUCUUCGGGGCGCGCGGGCCCGCCGGGGAGCGCGCCUUCACGACGGACAAGGGGGUGCUGUUUGAGAACCUCGACAGGAUGGGCGAGUCGCCGCUGCUGAGCGCCGACGAGGCCGACUUCUACGUGGAGCAGUACGCGCGCAACGGCAUGCGGGGCCCGCUCAACUGGUACCGGACGCGGAGGGUCAACUACGAGGAGGAGCUGGCGCUGCUGCGGGGCGGGGAGGCGCGCAAGCUGGCCAUGCCCGCGCUGGUCGUCGUGGCCGAGAGGGACCCGGCCCUGCUGCCGAGCAUGGCCGAGGGCAUGCAGGUGCACUUUGAGAACCUGACGCGGGUUACCGUGGGCGGCACGCACUGGGCGCUGUGGGACUCGACGGCGGAUGUGAAUGCUGCCAUUGGGAAGUUUGUUGAGGAGGUGCUGGGCAAGCCUGUCAAGUCUUCUAUCUGA